AUGUCUGAAGAAACCAAGCCACAAGAAACCAAGGUUGAAGAAAAGUCUGCCUUGCCAACCCCACCAACUUCUAACGUCUUUGCCUUGUUUGGUGGCAAGAAACCAGAAAAGAAGAAGGAAGAAGAAGGAGAAGAAGAACCAAAGAAAGAAUCUAAGAAAGAAGACGCUUCUGCUGAAAAUGAAGAAGAACCAGAUAUUCACUUUGAACCUAUUGUCAAAUUGGAAAAAGUUGAUGUUAAAACCAACGAAGAAGGUGAAGAAGUUUUGUUCAAGAUCCGUGCUAAAUUGUUCAAGUUCCACGCUGACACUACUGAAUGGAAAGAAAGAGGUGUCGGUGACGUCAAGUUCUUGCAAAACAAAGAAACUAAGAAGGUCAGAUUAUUGAUGAGAAGAGACAAAACCAUGAAGGUCUGUGCUAACCACAUCAUCGCUCCACAAUACACUUUGAAACCAAACAUUGGUAGUGACAAAUCUUGGGUUUACAGUGUUACCGCUGAUGUCAGUGAAGGUGAAGCUGAAGCUCAAACCUUGGCUAUCAGAUUUGGUAACAAGGAAAAUGCCGAAAAAUUCAAGGAAUGGUUUGAAAAGGCUCAAGAAUUCAACAAAUAA